UCUGAUUUGACCGUAAGGUCAGUACGUUGUCCAGAAGCACAGAAACAGAAUUUUCUAUUUCUUUUCGCUGUUAUAUUGUAUGUGAUGGACCUACCAGCUGUCUCCCCCACAUAACUAGUGACCAGCAUCUCAAGUGUGGACAACAUCCUGACAAUUGACCUUGAUGACCACAACCUUACCUGCCUGAACUCUGUUUAGAGUUUGAGGGUAAUGGUUUUACAGAGACUGGUCGCAAAGAGCUUUCGUAACUUGUGUUUUUUUGUGGGACUUGUGUCACGUCAGGUUGUGGCCACUAUGGCUUGGCGAUCCAGUGGUAACACCAACGCCAACCUUGUGGAAAACUUAAGGUUGAAUGGUAUUUUAAAGUCUGACAGGGUGGUUCAGGCCAUGCUCCAGGUAGACAGACAGAACUAUGUGAAGAAUCCUAUGUCUGCCUAUGCUGACUCUCCACAAAGUAUCGGCUUCUCCGUCACCAUCAGCGCUCCUCAUAUGCAUGCCCACGCCCUAGAACUGCUGUCUGACCAUCUGAAAGAGGGGUCAGUGGCAUUGGAUGUGGGGUCAGGGAGUGGCUACCUGACGGCUUGCAUGGCCCUUAUGGUUGGCAAGACCGGACUGGCCGUGGGAAUCGACCACAUGGAUCAGCUGGUCAGUAUGUCUGUGGAAAAUGUGAAGAAGGAUCCUGCCAUUGGUCAGUUACUCGAGACUGGACAGAUGAAGCUUGUUAGUGGAGACGGUCGCCAGGGUUACAUUGAUGCUGGUCCUUACGAUGCAAUCCAUGUAGGAGCAGCAGCUCCCAAACUUCCACAGGCACUGGUAGACCAGUUGAAGCCUGGUGGUCGCCUCAUCAUUCCUGUCGGAGAGCACCAGCAGCACCUACAGCAAAUAGACAAGAUGGCCGACGGCACAGUUCAAAAACAGAAUCUGAUGGGCGUGAUUUAUGUUCCACUGACCAGCAAGGACAAGCAGUGGCCAAGGUCCAAAUAACUACACACUGACCUCACCGAGAUCUACCACUGAUGAACUUUGACCUGUCUGUUAUCUUAUAUCCACAUUAUUUUGUUACUGGUUGAACUGUUAUCCUAUUGAUGCAACUGUGGAUUGUUUUUUAUCGUUAUUCUUCCGUUGACGUUCGCCCAUUGGUAUAACGGCAAGCUUUAAGCGUAUACGUAUUCCUGUGGAACCCAGGUAGUAUAAUGAUGACCGCUCAGGGUGGUUAGACCCUAAAACUGGAUUUUCAGUUUAUACAGCUUUGGAUAAAGCGAGAUCAGACCUUUACCUGUGUGAUCAGUUAUUUGUACCGGUAAUGUACAAUUUUCGUAAGUUUGUCUUUUAGCAGAAUUUGUGACAAAAGGUGUGCUACCAUUUGACAUCAGUUUUUAUCUGGUACAUUUUCAUGGAAUAGUGAAUGUAAGAAUGGUGGAAGAGAACUGCUAAGUAGUUUCUCUUUUGUUGAAAUAGCAGUUAUAUGCAAACACAAUGUUAAUAUGGUGACAGAGUUUAAGGAAAUAUGGUUUUCACAUCCUUCCAUUGACACAUGCUGAAAUAAUCCAACUGUCGUGCUGCUGAUAUUGAUGUGUCUUUCUAACUACUAUAUAACACAAAAUUAAAUCAGCCAGACUGAAGUGUUACAGAUGUUCCUACAUAUCAUGGUAACUCAUUCAUGAGUAGGGUAAGGGUAUGGAUUCAUUGCCUACCAUAUCCUGAGAAUGAAAUUAGCUUUAGGAUCUAUAUACCAUCACUAAUAUUUGGAAAACAUUUUCAUUGAAAGAAAAUUUUAAAGUUGGUGAAGUGAAACCAAUUACAUUGCUGGUAAUUUGAAAUUACUGAAGAAAGAAAAAAAGACAAAAAAAAUCCAUUUUAAUUUAAUUGUACCAAUAAAUGGAAAUUGAUAUUACCAUGGGUUAUUAUGGUUCACCAAAAUAGGAUCUUGUUUCAAGGACUGUUGGAACUUUUUCUUUUAUUCAAAUUAUAACAUAGGUCAUUUUUGAUUCUCUUCAGUAUUGUACACUUUGUACUUGAUAUUAAUAAUUCAAAAAUGUGUACAAAUUUAGCAGAUAAAAAUUAACUAUUAUAUAAUAUUUAACAGAGUUUCACAGUAAUCUGUAAUCUAUCAGAUCAUUUAUAGUUUAAACAAAACAAUGCGAUAUGUAUAAACAAAUACAUUAAUCAUAGGAAAUUAGGAAUAGAGUUCAGUAUAGUAAUAUAAUCAUGUACUUGUGAGAGUUUCGUGAUUUUUUAUAAUAUACACAGUACAAGAUUGUGAGGUAUCUGUAAAUUUGAUGUUUAUUCUCCGGUGAUUGUAUUGACAACGAGACAUGAUACUGGAGCAGCAAAUACACAUAAUAUGUAACUAAGUAGUAAACAUAAUUAUGUAUAUUUAAUGACCUGUAAACUAUUAGUAACCAUAUGUUUUCAAAUUAAUCUAGUACAUACAAAUGUAAUGGGCUAUACUGAAGUUAUGGUAUAUUUUUUCAGAUUGGCAAAUAUUGUUGUUUGAUAAAAUAUCACUGAUAAUAUAUAAUAUUGUCGAGGAUGUGGGGGGAGUAGACAGUACAGAAAUUAUUUGUCAAUUUUGCUUCUAAUCAUGAAAGAAUUACCUGAACUUUUUCCAAAAUUGUUUUUAAUUGGUCAUUUAUAUUUCGAUAGCGAUGAUGUGUUACAGGUGUGUUGAUUUAUUGUUGGGACAGUCAGUCCUAACACAAUCAGUCUACACGGGACAGUCAGUCCUAACAUGAUCAGUCUACACGGGACAGUCAGUCGUAACACGAUCAGUCUACACGAUCAGUCUACACAGGACAGUCAGUCGUAACACAAUCAGUCUACACGGGACAGUCAGUCCUAACAUGAUCAGUCUACACGGGACAGUCAGUCCUAACACGAUCGGUCUACACGAUCAGUCUACACGGGACAGUCAGCCCUAACACGAUCAGUCUACACGGGACAGUCAGUCGUAACACGAUCAGGCUACACGGGACAGUCAGUCGUAACACGAUCAGUUUACACGGGACAGUCAGUCGUAA